CUGCUGCGUCUCCAAAGAAGAUGGCGGGCCCCGAGCAGGCCCUGCCGCUGUCCAGAGGAUGCCCGAACACCACUUCACUUUCCCCGCCCCGCGGGGACCGAACCCUUCUAGUCAGACAUCUGCCGGCCGAGCUGAGUGCAGAGGAGAAAGAGGACUUGCUGAAAUAUUUCGGGGCGCAGUCCGUGCGCGUCCUGUCAGACAAGGGGCGACUGAAACAUACAGCUUUUGCUACUUUCCCCAAUGAAAAAGCAGCAAUAAAGGCAUUGACCAGACUCCAUCAGCUGAAACUUCUAGGUCAUACUUUAGUUGUUGAAUUUGCAAAAGAACAAGAUCGAGUUCAUUCCCCAUGUCCUACUUCAGGCACUGAAAAAAAGAAAAGGUCUGAUGACACUGUGGAAGAUGAUAAAGAAAAAAAAGAAUUUGGUUGUUUAACAGUAGAAAAUGGAAUUGCUCCAAAUCAUGGGCUGACUUUUCCUCUGAAUUCAUGCCUCAAGUAUAUGUACCCACCACCUUCAAGCACAAUCCUAGCAAACAUAGUGAAUGCUUUGGCAAGUGUGCCUAAGUUCUAUGUACAAGUGCUUCACCUUAUGAAUAAAAUGAAUUUGCCCACACCUUUUGGACCAAUUACUGCACGACCUCCCAUGUAUGAAGACUAUAUGCCAUUGCAUGCACCUCUUCCACCUACAUCUCCUCGGCCCCCUGAGGAGCCUCCUUUGCCAGAUGAAGAUGAGGAAUUGUCUAGUAAAGAAUCAGAAUACGAAAGCAGUGAUGAGGAGGAUCGCCAGAGAAUGACCAAACUAAUGGAACUAGCAAAUCUUCAGCCCAAAAGACCAAAGAUUACAAAGCAGCGCCAUGUGAGAAAAAAGCAAAAAAUAAAAGAUAUGUUAAAUAUAUCUUCAUCUGCUUCACAAAGCAAUUUACAUCCUGUGCUAUUACCUUCAGAUGUAUUUGACCAACCACAACCUGUAGGGAGUAAGAGAAUAGAAUUCCACAUAUCUGCUGACAUGCCAAAUGUAUUUAAGAAAGAUUUACGGAAAGACCAAAAUUGUGAGGAAAAAAAUUGUGAUUUACCUGCUAUUGAAGUUGAAGCAUCCAGUGUAGGAUUUGGAAAAAUCUUCCCCAAACCUAAUAUGAACAUCACAGAAGAGACUAAAGAAGACUCUGAUGAAAUGCCCUCAGAAUGUAUUUCUAGAAGGGAGUUGGAGAAAGGUAGAAUUUCUAGAGAAGAAAUGGAAUCACUUUCAGUUUUCAGAAGUUAUGAACCUGGUGAACCCAACUGUAGAAUUUAUGUAAAGAAUUUAGCUAAGCAUGUUCAAGAAAAAGACCUUAAAUUCAUUUUUGGACGAUAUGUUGACUUCUCCUCAGAAACACAACGAAUCAUGUUUGAUAUACGCUUGAUGAAAGAAGGUCGCAUGAAAGGACAAGCUUUCAUAGGACUUCCAAAUGAAAAAGCAGCAGCAAAAGCCUUGAAGGAAGCUAAUGGAUAUGUUCUUUUUGGAAAACCCAUGGUGGUCCAAUUUGCUCGAUCUGCUAGGCCAAAGCAAGAUUCUAAAGAAGGAAAAAGAAAGUGUUAAAAACUAGUAAUGAAGCAUUCCUGAGUGCAAACUGCUGUAAUACUGUCAUGCAAAAUGUAUCCUUUCUUGUAUCCUUUUUGGGGUAGUGUUUUUUCCUUUUUUUUUUUUUUUUUUUUUUUUUUUUUUUUUAAAUGUUUUGUUCCUAUUCUAUCCAUUGGUUCAAACUAAACAAUAUUUUUAUACUUUAUGCAAAUGAAAUAUUUCUAAAAUUGUAUAGCUUGAAAGAAAUUUAUGAGUUUUUUUAGAUUUGUUGUUGAAUUUUCUUUGUUGUCUUUUAGGUUAUAGUUUUUCCAGGGAAAGUUAGUGAAUCAGGUCAACUUACUUAGAGAAUGUAUGCAUUUGCUUUAAUAUAGAAUGUGGUCUUGUAUUUCUGUUUGUGUAUUUGCUAAAUAUAAUUCAGUAACAUGGAAACAAACUGCUUUCUUUUAGAAAAGCACAUGUAUUGAAAAUUAAACUAAAUUUCUAUAUAAAUCCCAAAUUAACUAGCAGACUCCACAUUUGAAGUCUUGCAGAAAUUUUCAUUUAACAUAGAUAGCAAAAAGUUUUUUUUUACAAAAUCCAAAAAAA